AUGCUUCUUUUUCAACUUAUUUCGAUCGCAUCCGCUAGAAAAGCGUUGAUUAUUGGCGGGUCGGGAGAAUUUACGUCGAAUCUAGAUGUCAUCCUCAAUAAUGGAACGAUUGAGCUAUCCGAUAGAGAAGCAAUGAGCGAACUUGGAGGAGGAACAGCCAAGUCUUAUCAAUGGCAUUGUUCCGUUCUUUUCCGUGGAGAGCCCUACAUUAUCGGCGGUUUCCCAACUGCCUACUACGAGCAAGUCAUCAAGUACAACGGAUUCUACUGGAUUCAAGUCGAACGAUUACCAGAGCCGAUUUUCGGCCAAAUCUGCAGUGUCUUUGACGAUCGGAUUUGGGUUUGCGCAGGAAAGCACAUUCUCGGUCAUUCGAAUCGCAAAUGCUUCCUUUUUGAUGGAGAACACUGGAGUUCGAUGAAUUCCUAUCAAGCGAGAUCGCUAAGACCAGCUGGUGCAGUUUUACAAGACGGAUUUUAUCUUAUCGGUGGUGCUCACGAAUCAGACCAAACGACGCCUCUGAGAACAGUCGAGAAAUGCACCCUUACUGGUUGUGUUCAGUCCUCUCUUUAUCCCAAACCAAACAAUAUGGCCUCUGCAGUUUCUGUCAACGGAACCAUCUUCGUUUUCGGCGGCUACGAUGGAGAGGACCUUCUACGAGAAAUCUACAGUUUCGGAAGCUUCAGCGCAGCCUGGCGUCACGUGGGAAACCUCAACCGUCAACGAGCAGGACAUCUGGUCCUUGCACUCGGAAAGUCGAACUUUCCGAUCUUUUUGAUUUUCGGCGGAAAGAAUAAAAAUGGAGAACCAAAGUGCGAAAUUUUCAACCCACUUGUUUCACGAAGAUCUCAAGAAUUUUCGAUUCCAGAGCUGGAUGGAAGGAGAAUUGGCGCUUCUACUGUUGUUCUUGAAUCUUAUCCUUGA